GAGAGAGGAACGGGGGGGCUGGGAGGCAGAUAAAUAGAGAGAGAGAAUGAGAAAGAAAUGGGGAGAGAGAAAAGAAGGCUCAGGGUUUUGAUUCCGAGUUUGGACUCAUAAUAAGAAGAGGCGAGAAGACAAGAGAGGAGAAGAGUGACCGUGUAAUCAGCUUAACGAGGAAUCAUCGCUCAAUGGGCCAGCAGCGCCUCUAAUCUUUAGUGGAGCGUGAUAAGACGCGUGCGACGAGCCGCUCGUUCUCAGGUGUGUGUAGCUGGUGUCGACACUGCGGGACCAAUGACCUCAUCAUCAUGGCCGACCCCAGGAGCUAUGGAGCCUGUUGCACCACGACCUCGCUCUUCUGAGGCUAAACACGCGCCAGGACCACCACGAAGAUGCUAACCCCAUGGCGGUAGAGGAAGAGAAAGACGGCACUUGGAACUGAAGAACUCUUACUUACUUCCUGUGGUUUGGACAACAACUUCCUGUCCACCAAACCUAUGUUGAAUUAUACAGAAAAUAACCAGAUGCUGAGGUCAAACCAGUGACCCUUGAGCGUGGACCGUGACAAUGGCAACGCUUCUGCUCCUGCUGCUGGUCCUGGGUCUGUUGGCGGGGGGCCGGGCCCAGUACGAGGUCUGCCGCUCGCUGCGAGGUUCGGAGGCGGGGCCUGGCUGGGAGUUCUACGCCUGUCAGCCUCCGCCCACCAACAUGAAGGAGUUCAUGCAGAUCAGGGUAGAGCCGCCCGGGAUGACCUGUGGAAACCCACCGGAACGCUUCUGCACCCUGGAGAAUCCCUAUCUCUGCAGUGACGAGUGUGAUGCGUCCAGCCCAGACCUGGCCCAUCCUCCCCAGUUGAUGCAAGACCGAGAGAGGGGCGGGCUCAUUACCUAUUGGCAGACAGUCACAUGGUCACGCUACCCAGAGCCCCUAUUGGCUAACAUUUCUCUUUCUUGGGACAAGAGUUUGGAGCUGGUCGAUGACAUCGUUGUGACGUUUGAAUACGGCCGACCGACCAUUAUGGUCCUGGAGAAGUCCCUGGAUAAAGGAGCUACUUGGCAGCCCUACCAGUACUACGCCGACGACUGCAUGGAGGCCUUUGGGAUGCAAGCGAAGCGGGUCCGAGACCUGGCACCUAGCAACCUGACCCGGGUCAUCUGCACCGAGCAGUACUCCGGCUGGGUGGGGGCCAAGGAGGAGAGGAACGUGGUGUUCGAGGUGCGGGCGCGCUUCGGGGUCUUUGCGGGCCCCAAGCUGAUCAACAUGGACACGCUGUACACCCGCAUGGGCUCCGUGAAGGGGCUCCGGGACUUCUUCACCUUCACCAACCUGCGGCUCCGCCUGCUGCGCCCGGCGCUGGGCGGGACCUACGUCCAGCGGGACAACCUGCUCAAGUACUUCUACGCCAUCUCCAACAUCGACGUCCCCGCCAGGUGUAAGUGUAACCUGCAUGCCUCUGAGUGUGUGCUGCGUGGCAUGGCGUUGCAGUGUGUGUGCGACCACAACACCAGCGGGGAGGACUGCCAGGCCUGUUCCCGCCCCCUCACGUCCCGUCGCUGGCGGCCCGGCUCCUACCUGCCUGUCCCAACCGGCACGGCCAACAUAUGCGAAGAAUCAGCCAUCUUGGACACUUCUGUUCGACCUCCCUCUUCAUCAGAUGGAAAACCAGCCAUUCUCUUUACUACCACCACUACCACUACACCAAUGACUACUACCACCACUACUACCACCACUACCACCACUACUACCACUACACCAACUACUACCACUCCUGACCCCACACCAACCACAACUACGAUCACUUCUCCUACCGUUAUGGAAACCACUAGCUUCACCAUAGCUAGUACCACUGAUACCGAUUGGUAUGAUUUUUAUGCUACAGUUUCGGUUGAUAGUGUUACGUUACGUACUACCGAAACAAGUGGCAUGACCAGUAUUGGUUCACCGUCAGGUCCCACCACAACAUAUUUGUUGGAUACUUCUAGUAGUUUUACCACUGGAACAGACUGGGGUGGCAGCAUUACUGACACUACAACAGGCAGAGCCAGUACAAGUACCAGUGACUGGUGGUCUGACUUGGAGAUCUAUGACCUGACUGAUUUCACAGAUUUCCCUUCAACUGAUUUCACAGAACCAUCAUUCCCAGGUACUGUCAGUCCAAACCGAGACACUACUACCACUACUGAUACUGGUACUGUUACUGUUGAUACUACUACUGUUACAUCUGUAACUGCUACUGCUGACACUACUACUACAGUUACUCUUGAUACCAGCACCGUUACCACUGAUACUAGUCCUGUAACUACCAGAAGUAUCGCUACAACAACUACUACAGCUCCUCCUGAUACCAGCACCGUUACCACUGAUACUAGUCCUGUAACUACCAAAAGUAUCGCUACAUCAACUACUACAGCUCCUCCUGAUACCAGCACCGUUACCGCUGAUGCUAGCACAGUAACUACUACAAGUAUCACUACAACAACUACUACAGCUCCUCCUGAUACCAGCAACGUUACCGCUGAUACUAGUCCUGUAACUACUACAAGUAUCGCUACGACAACUACUACAGUUAUUCCUGAUACCAGCAUCAUUACUCUAGGUACUACCUCUCUCCCUCCUGAGAAUAGUACUACUACUGCCGACACUAGUACUUUCAUAGCUGAUGAUACGAGUAGUACGGCCGGCUUCUUGUGGCCCUCUGUCAGUGGAACCUCCAGCGUUCCUGUCGCUGCCACCCCUGAAGGAACAACCCUAGCAACAGACAACCUAGCAACAACCUCCAGCAAAGAUGGAGCCGUCCUCGGCUCAGCCACCACUGCUUUAGGGCCGGCAACUCAGUCAGUGCCAUCCAAUCAGGCUCUUGAUGCUCUUGAGCCUCUACCCACCGAGAUUGCGGCUACGACUCCUGCUGAUGUUUCACCUCCCAUUAAUGCUCCCACAGACUCAGCCUCCUCCUCCCAGGCACCAGACCGCUCUACAGAUGGGGCCACUCCUAGUGAAGCUCCUGCUGAACCCCCUCCCCUUCCUACUGACACUUCAGACUCAUUUUGGGCUCCCGAUUCACCUCAAGACACCUUAACGACUCCUGUGGUGGAGACCCCUGGAGCGUUUUCUACAAGCCCAGGUUUAGACUCAAGCCCCCCGGAAUCAAGCCCUACUGCUGGGAGACCUUCAGAAUCAAAUGAUAGAUUCUUAGACUUGAGCCCUGCACCUCUGGAAAAACGUCCCGAAUCAGGACCUUCAGAAACAAGCCUUCCUCCCGAAGAUAUAUUUCCAGACGUUCUCACUCCUUCAUCAGAAAGGCUGCCAGAGUCAGAAUAUAUAGACUGGACUAUGCUUACAGAAAACCCUCCAGACUUGGACUAUUCUGAAAUAUAUUCAGAUUUAGGACCGUUAAAACCAAGCCCCCCUCCGGCAGAAAGACCUCCGGCCACAGAAAGUGCAGAGCCCUCAGACCGGGAAUCCCUUGGCUCCACCCCUCUGAGUCCAGGGGUCUCUGACUCGCAAGAAUUUAAAAAAGAUUUGGGAAUGGCUGUUGCAAAGGACCAGGAUUUUGAGCCCACAAGGGCUGGAGUUCCAGCAGACGUUUCUCCAAAGACCAUUGAGUCUUCAGAUUCCAAGUCUGAUGAUACUGGAGACAUUCCUGUAGUUGAAGCGAGGCCAGAAAGCCCUGAAGGGAGUAACGUAGAGCAGAGUUCUGAAGACAACAGCGCUGGUUCUUCGGCUUUGGCCCCAGAGGCUGGCCCCGAUUCACCUCCCAAGCCGAUGACAGGAGAGAGCUUUAAGGUGGAUUCCUCUCCUAGCGGAUCUGACAUCGCAGCAGAACUAGGAGAAGCCAGACCUAGUCAAACCCCAAGACUACAAGAGGAGAGAAAGGAAGCAAAAGUCACUAAGGAGGAGCCAAAGAAAAGGAAACAAGUCGAGAAGAAAGAGAAAAAAGAAACCCAGAAAAUACUGAUUCCAGGAGGUCCAAAAUUCAGCCAACUGUCUAAAAUAGCCUACGUCACGUUUCAGGACUGCGAGUGCAACGGACACUCCAACCGCUGCAGCUACAUCGACUUCCUCAACGUGGUGACGUGUGUGAGCUGCAAGCACAACACCCGCGGCCGCAGCUGUGAGGCCUGCCGUGUGGGCUACUACAGAGAGGCGGCCACGCCCCUCGACGACGAGGACGUCUGUUCAGAAUGCAACUGUGACCUGCAGGGCAGUCUGAACCCUCGGUGUGACGAGCAGGGCUUGUGUCCGUGUAAGGACGGAGUCUCUGGGCGGCGCUGUGACUCCUGCCAGCCCGGCUACAGGUGGCAGCAAGGCUGCAUAGAGAAUUUCUGUGAUGAGGAUAUAACGCUGUGCCAAAAUGGAGGGACGUGUGUGGACUUCCAGCGGUGCGUGUGUACUGCAGACUUCACAGGGCCGCUUUGCCAGAAGGAGGUGUGCCUGAAGGACAAAGGCUGCGUGGACGACACCGAAAACAACUCUGCCUCCUCGCUACGUCACUCGCCUGGCUUCGUGACCCGUGACCUCUGCCCUCUGAAGCUAGCCUGUCUGAUGCUAGCUGUGGCAACCCAAUGCUGAAAGGCUGUUGGACUGCCGAGACUGAUGAUUGGACAAGGGUCUCAUCAUCACAAGACUGCCAGAGGAACUCCGGUCGCUGAUGCCUGUCUGGGCUCAGUGAGGUUAAGGUUAUAUUCCUUGGUCCAAAAUAGGAAAUAUCUUCUCAUCACAAAGACCAAAUAGAGCGUCCAGGAAUGGAAAACAAUGGCCCGAAUAUCAGAAUCCCCUUGUAGAACAAUAUUGCCUUGGACACAAUCAGGGGAUGGCUCUAUGAGAAGGUGGAAUCUAAGGCAGACCGAAGAACAUUCUUAAUUUUUUUUAAUUUAUAAUAAAAAUACCUGUGACCAUUGACAUUAAACUUUUUUUUACCUUGAA